AUGGCAGAAGUAGAAAACAACAUUAAUGUCGCCCCGGAGGAAGAACAGGAACAAAAUCAAGGGAAAAAAGGACGGUACCGACGCGAGAAACCGUGGGACCACGCCGGGAUCGAUCACUGGGACGUGCCAAAGUUCACGAAAGAAGAUAACCCGCACGGAUUGUUGGACGAAUCCUCGUUCGCGACUUUGUUCCCGAAAUACAGGGAGAAGUAUUUGAGAGACGUGUGGCCGUCGAUAACGAAAGCUUUGAAAGAUGUCGGCGUCGGGUGCGAGUUGAAUUUAGUCGAAGGGUCGAUGACGGUGCGGACGACGAGGAAGACGUGGGAUCCGUACAUUAUCAUCAAAGCGAGAGAUUUGAUUAAACUUUUAUCUCGAUCGGUUCCUGCUCCGCAGGCGUUGAAAGUUCUGAGCGAUGACACGCAGUGCGACGUGAUUAAGAUUGGAGGUUUAGUGAGAAAUAAAGAACGGUUCGUGAAACGAAGACAGCGUUUGGUCGGCCCGAACGGCUCGACGUUGAAAGCGAUUGAGAUGUUAACGGAUUGUUACGUGUUGAUUCAAGGGAACACGGUGAGCGCGAUGGGGUCGUUUAAAGGUUUGAAAACGUGCAGGAAGAUUGUCGAAGAUGCGAUGAAGAACGUCCAUCCGAUUUAUCACAUCAAAGAGUUGAUGAUUAAGAGAGAGUUGGAGAAAGAUCCCGAGUUGAAAAAUCAAAGCUGGGAUCGAUUUUUACCAAAGUUUAAGAAGAAGAACGUGAAGAGAAAGAAACCAGAGUACGUGAAGGAGAAGAAAGCGAGAAGUGUCUUUCCGCCGGCGCAAAUGCCUUCGAAGAUUGAUUUACAGAUUGAAUCCGGGGAGUACUUCUUAUCGCAAGAGGCGAAGCAGAUGAAGAAAGCGCAAGAGAAGUUGGAGAAGCAAAAAGAAGGCAUCGAGAAGAACAAGAGAAGGAGAGAGGAGGCAUUCAUCGCGCCGAAGGAGGAUUUGAUGCGAGAGGAGGAUUUGAAGAAGAAGAAGAAAGACAAAAAGAAGGAUAAGAAGGACAAGAAAAAGUCGUCGAAGAAGGACGACGACGACGAAAGCACCUUAGACGCAGUCAAGCGCUUGAAGAAAGACGCUUCGGAGAAGAAGAAAAAGAAAAGCAAAGAGGACGAAGGCGACGAGAAGUACAUGAUGUAA